AUGAGGCAACAGUUGCAGGAGAUGCAGGUGAUGGGGGGAGAUUCGGAGAGCUGGCUUGACUUGUGCGAGGCAGAGUCAGAAAAUUACACUGGUACACGGUCUUUGCAGAAGAUUUGUACCGACACACGACUCCUGGCAAACCUCAAGGAGAUGGAGGAACCCUUCGAAAAACAGCAGAUUGGCUCAAGUGCGAUGCCAUACAAGCGGAACCCUAUGCGCUCAGAGCGGUGCUGCAGCCUCGCCCGUCACCUGAUGACCCUUAUCAUGAACCCGCCGCAGACGGCAUCUACGCCGUGGUUUGAGCGCACACUGGAUGAUAGUGCCAAUCGCCGUAUCCGUUUGGCUGAGGCAUUUCUCACUGCAGAUCCGACACUGAAUACGCUGCACAACAUUUCUGAAGGAUUGGUGCUGUCCCCUAAAGCAACUGAACGACGCAUUCGGCAAGAGCUGCCUUUCAUGGCCACAGAGAACAUCAUCAUGGCCGUGGUGAAAGCUGGGGGUAGGCGCCAGGAUUGCCAUGAGAAAAUCAGAGUGCUUUCCCAGCAGACAGCUGCUGUGGUCAAGCAGGAAGGGGGUGACAGUGACCUCAUAGAGCGAAUCCAGGCCGAUGCCUACUUCAGUCCCAUUCACUCCCAGUUGGACCAUCUACUGGAUCCUUCUUCGUUUAUGGGUCGUGCAUCCCAACAGGCGCAGAGAUUCUUAGAAGAGGAGGUAUAUCCCCUGCUGAAACCAUAUGAAAGUGUAAUGAAGGUGAAAGCAGAAUUAUGUCUGUAGCAUUGGAAAAAAUUCAACAAGAAGUC